UGCUGUACCUCUGACUGUGACCCUGUACUUUCAUCUCUCUCUUCUCCAUAAAUUUCCUUUUUUUUCAUCAAAUUUUAUUUUUUGAAAAAACCCCACAAAACAGUUAAAAGCAGAUCAAUAAACCAACCAAUUUUUUUUUUUUUUUUUUGUAAUUUUUUUUGCUUUUUUGAAUUUUACUUAUUUAUUAUUAUUACUACUUCCAAAAAAGCUUAAAAAUUUCUCAGCAAGUUUACUCCAAUUUCUCCUUCAACCAUCCACCAUAACCCUAAUUUACUCUUUCCUUCAACUUUCUCUCUCUUCUAAAUUCUCACUCCUUCAAAUUCAUCCCCAAUUUAAUUUUUCUCUCACUGAAGGAAAAAUUAGGGUAAAAAGAUGGGUUCUUUGAGCUCAGAAUUUAAACCACCCAACUGGGUAUGGAAGUAAAAAAAUACCCACAUUUUAGCAAAUGGGGAAGUUGGAUGAAGAUGAUGAAUUUUCUCUCUCCUCAGCUGCAGCAGUUCGUGCUAGUGUUGAAGGAAUUUCUGGGAAUAAUGUAGAAAGAAGAGGUUGUAGUUGGUUUUUUUGUAGUUUUAUUAAGCUCAAGUGUUUUUUAGCACUUCUGCUUGGAAUAGCUGUUUUUCUUUCUGCGGUUUUUUGGUUGCCCCCCUUCUUGAAUUUCGCAGAUCGAGGUGAUUCAGAUCUAGAUCCACGUUAUAGAGGUCACACAAUCGUUGCAAGUUUUAAAUUGCUGAAGCCAGUUUCUUUUCUGGAAGACAAUGUUGAACAGCUCGAAGCUGACCUCUACCUUGACUUUGGAGCUACUAAUUCAAAAGUGCUCAUCUUAUCAAUGGAAAGUUCUGGAAUAAAUAAAACAGAUAUUGUGUUUGCCAUUGAUCCUGUGUCGAAAUAUUCUAUAUCUACAGCCCAACAGAGUUUAAUCCGUUCAAAUUUUGAAAAUUUGGUUAUACGUCAAAUGACAUUUGAGCUGUCAUCUUAUCUGUUUGGAGAGCCAUCUUUCUUUGAGGUGUUGAAGUUUCCUGGUGGAAUUACUGUUAGUCCUUACCAAACUGCAUAUCCUUUGCAAAAAGUUCAGAUUCUUUUUAACUUCACUUUAAACAACUCUAUCCUCCAAAUACAAGAAAAUUUUGAGGUGCUGAGGAACCAACUUGCACUUGGGUUGCAUUUGACUGGAAAUGAGAACUUGUACAUUCGCUUAACAAAUUCUAGAGGUUCCACCGUGGCUCCCCCUGCUACUGUUCAAACAUCUGUUGUGCUGAAGGUUGGAGUUCCCUCAAAGCCGAGGCUGAAGCAACUUGCACAAACCAUCAGAGAUUCUCCAGCUAGAAAUCUCGGACUUAAUAACACUGUCUUUGGUAAAGUCAAACAGGUUAGCCUUUCAUCAGUACUGCAACAUUCACUAAGCGGUGAUGCUGCUAGUCCAACACCUGCUCCAGCUCCUGCACCUCUUCCUCAUCAUCACCACCACCAUCAUCACCACCAUCACUAUCAUCAUCACCAUCAUGAUGACCAUAGUUCUCAUUUACCUCCUGCUAGCGCUCCCUCCUAUUCUCCCGUGGAAGCUCCUCAACCUGUCCAGGGCGCUCCUGUGCCACAAAGAAGUGCUUCUUCACCUGUGAAACACCAUCGAGCUGUCCCAUCUUUUGCACCUGCACCUGCUAUUAGCUAUCGAGCAAGCCCUCCAGGUGCGCAUCCACCUAUUAGAAGCUAUCCGGCGAGCCCCCCUGGCUGCAGGUUUAGAUUCAAGAGUAGACACUUCGGAAAAAGUCCUGGAAAAAGUCCUGAACACUCUCCUGGGAUUGCGAUUACUGCACCUAGCAUGCCUCCUCAUCAUUCUGUUGCUGCAUCACCUCACCCACAAGUCAAACCACCAACUUCUGUUGCGCAUCAAAUUUCACCAUCUAGUCCAUUACCAAAUGUAAUAUAUGCUCAUGUUCAUCCCCCAUCAGCGCGUGAAAUGGACCCAGAGCCUCCAGAUAAAAGGCCAUCAAUCGCUCCGUCUCCAUCUGCUGGAGGUCAUAUAACAGCUACCUAUUGGAUAUUCUCACUGUUCGUAGCUCUUUUACUACAUUAUUGGUAGAAUGUGCUGUUUUCUUGUUUAGAUGAGUUACUACUCUACGGCAUCUGAUGGACUUGUUUGUAUUGUAUCAUCCAAAAACGGAAGAAAAGAAACCAAGCUAAGCUGGCGGAACUUAUAAAGUGGGAGCAACGUAAAAGAAGGCGUUCCCCAUGUUUGCGUGAGUGAAUAUACGGUGUUGUUUUGUACAUGUAAAUAUACAAUUGAAAAAAAAAAAAGCAAAAAAAAUCGAGUGGCGGGAUGCAUUCUCAGGUCAAAGUUCACAAAAGUGACAGGCCACUGAAUGAGAAUGCCCAUAGCCACUUUGUUUGUGUAAUGAACCCUUCUUCUCUGCAGAAGUGUAAGUCCCAAAAUCAAGAAUUUAUCAUUCAAUACAUUUUUGCCCUGGAAAAAAAUUUCAGUGUUGCUGUCUUUUUCUUUCAA